AUGCCGCGGCCUUCACCGACGUCGACUGCGUCUCGCUGCCCGACGCCGCCGCCGCAGCCGCCCGGCCCUGGCCCAAGGCCGCCGCCAACGGCGUUGCUCGAGUGCCCCGUCUGCACCAACUCCAUGUUCCCGCCGAUCCAUCAGUGCCAAAACGGGCAUACAUUGUGUUCCACAUGCAAGGCUAGAGUGCACAACCGUUGCCCUACCUGUAAACAAGAGCUUGGAGAUAUCAGGUGUUUGGCACUGGAGAAAGUAGUGGAGUCGCUUGAGCUUCCCUGCAAGUACUACUCUUUGGGGUGCCCAGAAAUCUUCCCAUACUACAGCAAGAUAAAACACGAAGCGCAAUGCAGCUUAAGACCAUACAAUUGCCCCUAUUCUUGUUCUGAAUGUGCCGCAGCUGGUGACAUCCCUUAUCUUGUUUCCCAUUUGAGGGAUGAUCACAAAGUUGAUAUGCAUAGCGGCUGCACAUUCAACCACAGAUAUGUUAAAUCGAACCCACGAGAAGUUGAAAACGCCACCUGGAUGCUAACGGUGUUUCACUGCUUCGGGCAGUACUUCUGCCUGCAUUUUGAGGAGUUCCAGCUUGGGAUGGCACCUGUAUACAUGGCCUUCCUCCGUUUCAUGGGGGACGAGAACGAGGCGAAGAACUACAGCUACAGCCUCGAGGUCGGUGCCAGCGGGAGGAAGAUGAGCCACCAGAAGGUGCGGGACAGCCACAACGGCCUCAUCAUCCAAAGGAACAUGGCGCUGUUCUUCUCCGGAGGCGACCGGAAGGAGAUGAAGCUCAGGAUCACUGGCCGGAUCUGGAAAGAGCAGCAGACCCCAGACGGCGCCUGUAUUCCCAAUCUGUGUAGCUAA